UGUUUGAUGCCGUGCCAGCAAAAACGUAAAAUCGCGUAAUUGGUUACGCAGUGGAGUUUCUGUUAAAUGCCUCUCCAGCUGGGAUGACUCCCCCCUCAGCACUGAGCUCUGUCAUCCCAUAACACUGCUAGCACAAAGCGACCUUUUGGAACUCUUUAAACGUUUCUGGUGAAUUUUUAGGGGAGCUUCUUUUUCAGUCUGAAACAUGUUUUGGUUGCUGUUAUGCGCAAUCGUAGCCUUUGCAGCCGUGCCGGCGGAUGCGCAAAUCUCCAGCCGUUAUGUUGUCGGAUGUCCUUCCCGGUGUGAUAAGUCGAUGUGUCCUCGGCUACCAGCGGACUGUCCGACAGGACAAACCCUCGACGCCUGCCACUGCUGCCCGGUGUGCGCCUCCAGUGAAGGCGAAGCCUGCGGCGGCAGUGGGAAGCUCGGCGACCCAGUGUGCGGAGAGGAGCUGGAGUGCUCGGUCUCCGGCGGGAUUGCAUACACUGUGACGGUGAGGAGGAGAAGCAAGAGUGGGAUUUGCGUGUGCAAAACCACCGAAGCGGUUUGUGGAAGCGAUGGGGUGUCCUACCGGAAUAUCUGCGAGCUGAAGAGGGUCAGUCGACGGGCGCAGAAAUUGCAACAGCCACCUGUUCUUUUCAUUCAGCGGGGAGCCUGCGGGAAAGCUCAAGACAAUCCAGACAGCCCGAGGCACAAAUACAACUUCAUUGCCGACGUGGUGGAGAAAAUUGCUCCGUCUGUGGUUCACAUUGAACUUUACCGCAAGAUGACUUAUUCCAAGCGUGAAGUGGCAGUGGCCAGUGGUUCUGGUUUUGUUGUGUCUGAAGAUGGCCAAAUUGUGACCAAUGCCCACGUGGUGGCCAAUAAACACAGAGUGAAAGUGGAGCUAAAGAGCGGCGCCUCCUAUGAUGCCAAAAUCAAAGACGUGGAUGAGAAAUCAGACAUCGCCCUCAUUAAGAUCGAUGCACCGACCAAGCUUCCUGUACUUCUGCUGGGCCGUUCGUCAGAUUUGAGGCCAGGAGAGUUUGUGGUUGCUAUUGGCAGCCCAUUUUCCCUCCAGAAUACGGUUACUACAGGAAUUGUUAGCACUACUCAGCGAGGGGGCAGAGAGCUAGGCCUUCGCAACUCUGACAUGGACUACAUUCAAACUGACGCCAUCAUCAACUACGGCAACUCUGGAGGGCCUCUGGUCAAUCUGGAUGGUGAAGUGAUUGGGAUUAACACGCUGAAGGUGACAGCGGGCAUCUCCUUUGCCAUACCCUCGGACAAGAUUCGACAGUUCCUGGCCGAGUCAUACGACAGGCAGUCCAGAGCCUUAGGGAGAACAGAAGCAAAGAAGAAGUAUAUUGGUGUGAGGAUGAUGACUCUCACUCCAGGGCUAGCCAAAGAGCUGAAGACUCGACUCCGCGACUUCCCUGACAUCACCUCGGGAGCUUAUGUUAUGGAGGUCAUUGCAAAGACACCAGCUGCAAUCGCUGGACUCAAAGAGCAUGAUGUCAUCAUCUCGAUCAACGGCCACAGGAUUUCAACAGCAACCGAUGUCAGCGCCGCCAUCAAGAGAGAUGACACCUUAAAAGUGGUUGUGCGCCGUGGCAAUGAAGACGCCAUCCUCACUGUUGUUCCCAUUGAAAUUGACCCUUGACCCUCCAGAAAUCACACCGCAGUUGCUGGAGCUAGCUUUUACUUAUCAACAGUGGACCUUAUAUCGGAGGGGUUUUUUACUGACGCACCCUCUCCCUGUGGCCAAAGGCCGGUGGUGCCUCACAUCCAGGAAAAUUCUGGCAUUGCCUUGAAUGGAAUGACUGUACGGAUGCUUUAAAAGCAGCGCUGUACUUUGUUUUCCCUGUGUGUUCUCAUGUUUAGACUUUAAUGCUUUGAUCAAAGCUACUACUGUGUGUUCUUAAACCUUAAAAAAAUAGUCAUUGGCAUAGUGUUUUCACCUGCUUACUCGUUUUGUUGUUGUUGUUGUUGUUUUUUUAAUGUACUGUUGCUCAGUCAGGCUGACUGAAAUUUGAAGCAAUUUUAAGCGACUUGCUGAGCAAAUCAUAUUUGUAAAAUUGUUGUUUUCUAAACUCCCCCCCCCCUUUUUUUAAAGUACUGUAGAAAUACUUUGUUGUUUAUGUGAUGUAUACUGGAGAAGAAAAUAAAGGUUUUUUACCUCCA